AUGUGCGAGAUUAUACUACCACGGCUUGGGGUAUUCUGCUGUCGACAGCAGUGUUUUUCUGGACAUAACCUGGUAUUUGAGAAAGAGGACACCCAGAAGUCGGCCGAAAGAAUGGAGGUGCAACGGGUCUUUUGUUUUCCUCUUUCAGGGCUAGCCGAUGCGUCCAGCUCUCUGGGUGCUUUUCUACUACAAUCCGGCCAUUCGCAGAAGAUAUCAGAAUUAUCGGUGAUACAGGUCGACUUUAUCUUGCUGUGGUAUUCCCCAACGCACAAUUCAAACGUGAUCACUACAAUGCCACGCUUUGUCAAGCGUGCAUUCGAGGACGACCCAGUUUAG